GAAAAAUGUAGCCGGGUAAUAUGGUGCUGUUUAUGUAAUGCAGAUUCUAGGCCAGGAGGGGAGUUCAUCCAUAGUUCAGUGGUGGCACAGCAGGAGAAUAUUCUGAUUACAUUGAGUCUAGUCUGCCAAUUACAUUCAGUCUUGUACAACUUUACAGCAUUCCUCAUAAACCGGGGCUUUGUCUCUAGGUAUGGCUGUCGUCAACAACAUUUAACUGCCUUUUAUUUUCCUACUCUGUGAACGGACACGUUCAUUACUGCUGGCUGCUGAGACAGCAGCACAUCUUAAGAGAUGUUCAUUACUGUGAUAUUUGGUGAGGGAAGAGAGGAGAUAUUGAACCUAAAUUGCAAAGUCAUAAACUUCAUCCACUGCAUAAAAGAAAAAUGCAAUCUGGAUCCCCAAGAGACUGUGGACUUGAUGGACAGGAUGGGAGAGCUGGUGAACUUGGCAGAGAGAGCGCAGAGCACUGACCUCGUCAGCAGCUUGCUGAAGGAGAGAGAGAGCUAUGUUCCAUUACGUGUAUCACGAGGCGAAAGCAGUGAAGGUCCAAAGUAUACUGCAGUGUUUGACUUUGGGACAAGUUACCCUGAGCUAGCAGAGAUUGUGAGAAAACUGUCAAAUCCUUCAAAGGAGAGGGACAAAAGGGGUGGAGCAUCUAAAAGAGGAGGAGUCGGCCAAAACCGCCUCAAAGCUGCUAUCAACUUCAAGAAAGCCAUCACAACACCUCGGAGCUGAAGAAUCCCUUGCUCUUUACUUCUGUUCUUUAACAUAUUGCUAAUAUUUUAUUUAUAGAAUUUAUUGUAUGACUCCUCAGUUACACACACACAUAUAUAAAUUUUGUUUGUGUAUAUACAAAAUAUUCAAAAGUGUGGGGUCACUACAAUAAAAAAAGAAUACUCUUAUUGCAAUGAUUCAUUAAACUGCUCAAAUGUGACAACCGAGAUAUUAAUAAUGUUGCAAAGAACUUUAUUUUAAAUCAAUUCAGUUUUGUGAACUUUAUAUUAACCAAAUCCUGUUUUCACAAAAAAAAUGUUUUAAUGUUUUCAACACUUAUAAUAAUAAAAAUGGA